AUGCAGAGGACCAUCGAACCUAGACGAAUCGUUUUGCGAUUCCGCGUGGGUUACGAGCUGGAAGAAGCAGCCAUCCUCCAUGAUUUCUUCACUACAAUCAAUCUGAACCCUGGCGACGACUAUUUUUCUCAUCUCAUGGCUCCCUACCAUGAGGAAUCCACGGUGAUGCACAUUAUUCUCGACAUGUACUGCAGGACCAAUCCCACAGUCGACCUCGAAACAAUGGCUUACGGGGUUUUCAAGGUGAAGAAGAAUACCAAAUUGUUUGUCUAA